CUCCGGUCCUCCCGAGAGCGCCGCAGUCCGUCCAUCCAUUCGUCCAUUGUCAUUUCCCGGGAGACUCCUGCGCGCGGGGAAGCAUGCUGGCCUGCACACGUCUGGCUUUGCUGGGACUCGUGCUGCUCUGCCAAGGCAUUGAGGAAAACAGCGGUGGCGACUCAUGUGACAACUUUACGGACCUCAACCUGUCUCACUGCUUCCUGGGAACCAGCCUGUACGUCCGCCUGCUGCUGUACACUCGCGUCAACCCGGCGUGCGGGCGCGAGCUGCACCACCAGCGCUUCCCGUCCGAGCCGCUUUUUAACCUCUCCCGGCCCACCGCCUUCGUCAUCCACGGCUACCGUCCCACCGGAGCGCCGCCCGUGUGGAUCGACCACCUGGUGCGUCUGCUGGCCGAGCAGCGGGACGUCAACGUCAUCGUGGUGGACUGGAACCGCGGUGCCGCCAACCUCAACUACCUCACUGCCGUGGCCUACACGAGAGAGGCGGCCCACAACCUGACGGGAUUCAUCAGGAGCAUGCAGGAGGAAGGAGCCUCACUGGACUCCAUGCACCUCAUCGGCGUCAGCCUUGGGGCGCACCUCGCCGGGUUUGUGGGUGCCAACCUGAAGGGAAAAAUCGGACGCAUAACAGGUUUAGACCCGGCCGGGCCUCUCUUCACUAGCGCCACACCAGAUGAGAGGCUGGACCCGUCGGAUGCCAUGUUUGUCGACGUGCUGCACACUGACAUGGACUCUUUUGGCCUGCGGGGGGCUCACGGUCACAUUGAUUUCUACGCCAACGGGGGCGCCGACCAACCUGGCUGCCCCAAAACCAUCUUUGCCGGAAAGUCUUACUUCGUGUGCGACCACCAGCGGUCCAUGUUCCUGUACCUGUGCGCCCUCAACGGCACGUGCAGCCUGACGGCGUAUCCGUGCGCAUCCUACGCAGACUUCCUGGACGGACGCUGUCUGCAGUGCGAGGCCUUCAAGCCCGCUUCCUGCCCGCAGCUCGGCUAUGAUGUCAUCCAGUGGCGGGAAAGUCUGUUGAAACUGGGACAGACCAAAGCGUUCUUCAGCACCACGGCCUCGCACCCUUACACCAAGCUGAAUUACAGAGUGGACAUGGUGACGUGGAACCAGUACCUCCGCUGGGGGGUCGUUUACAUCCGCCUCCACAGCGGCAGGAACGUCACCGAGGCCCGCAUCGACCACAAGCUUCUUCGCUUCGAGCAGUUCACAUCCACGCGUCUUCUGGCCCAGUUCGACGAAGACCUGCCGCACGUGCACAAGAUCUCCCUGCGCAUCAACACGGGCAACGUGAUCGGGCCUCGCUACAAGAUCAGACUGUUGCGAAUACGACUGACGCCGCUGGAGCGACCGCAAAGGCCGCUGAUGUGCCGCUUUGACAUCUUCAUGGAGGAGAACACGGAGGUGGCGUUCCGGCCGUUGUCGUGCGACUCUCGCCUCUAAUUUGACCGUGCGCUCGUCGUGUGUGUGACGACACACGCAGUGGGUUGGAGCUACAACCCGGAGAGAUGCUCUGAUCUCAUAAUAGAACAGGACCAAAAUGAACUUUGAAGACUUUUUUUUUUU